AUGAGCAAUGAGACCUUCAAUGAUUCCUUUUUGCCAUCUGUCGAAGGUCAAUAUCAAUUUGAUUUGGCACCGAAGCUUAAAUCUGAGCGAAGAAUUAAUGGCAUCAAUUAUCAAUGGCCUAAAUUCAGGAAUACUGUAACAAUUAUGGGUGAAACAGAAGCGAAACACAGUGCUGGUCAAUUUAAUAGCAAUUUGGAAGCCGAAAAAUUGGCUUUGAUAUGUUCCUAUCAACAGUGCCAAUCAAAAACAGCACCGAAAUGCAGUCGAAUGCUUCAACCAAUUGGCCAUUGCUGCGAAAUAUGUGGUUCCAUGCUUCGUUUUCGCGCAACAUUAUUCAACUUUGACAAAUUUCAAAAACAAGUCGAAAAUUAUGAAAAGGAAAAUAGAAUCGUGAAUAAAUACGAAUUGAAUAUUGCCAGUUUACGUAUCGAUCAUAAUGAUUCUUUGCCGCAAUACCAGGUCGUUGUUCUUGCACGACAGAACGCAACACAUCCAUUCGAUGAACAAAUCUAUCGUAGCAUAUUGAAAGAUUUAGCCGGAUUUGUGCAGAAUAAUUAUGAAGUUUUGCAUUCAAUGACAGUGACCGAAAUUGAAGAGAUAGUUUCGGUGGAUUUUCAUACUUUGGUUAAAGAUGAUCUUAUACUGACUCUCAUUUUACUGCUUGCCGUUGGUGCAGUUGUCAUUGGAGUCAUCUUGACAAUUAGGCGAAAUUUCGAUUUUACCAAUUUUCGAGGGUUGUCGAAACAAAAUUCAGUCUAUGAAGCAGUUCAUUGGAGGGGUGCGAAAACUGAAGAUGAACUUGAAUUGCUGCGUAAUGAAGGAUCUAUUUCCAAUACUAUCAGAGAUGAUGUUCAGAAUUCUUCGAUGAAUUCAGCGUCAGAAUACAGUUCAACUUUUGAAAAUAUUGCAUUCGACGAGGAAAUUGUUGAUGAUAUAAAAGAACAGUAG